AUGGCUCCAUUUGAGGCAUUAUAUGGAAGGAAGUGGCGUAGUCCAAUCUGUUGGAACGACAUAAGUGAAACAAUGAUUUUAGGGCCUACAGUUAAGCAAGUAAAGGAAAUUCAAGCUAAGAUUCAGGCGGCGCAAGAUCGCCAAAAGAGUUACGCGGGUUUGAAGCGUAGAGAGGAGGAAUUUGAGGUUGGUGACAAAGUUUUAUUAAAGGUGUCACCAAUGAAAGGUGUAAAGAGAUUUGGAAAGAAAGGAAAGCUUAAACCAAAGUAUAUUGGUCCAUAUGAAGUAUUGAUAAGGGUAGGCAAAGUAGCUUACAAGCUAGUCUUACCUAUGGAGCUAAGUAAAGUGCAUGAUGUAUUUCAUGUGUCUCAGUUAAGAAGGUAUAUCCCUGAUAAGUCACAUGUACUACAACCUGAAACUAUUGAGUUAGAUCAAAUCUUAACUUAUGAGAAAAAACCUGUUAAGAUCCUUGACUAUAAAGUGCGUAGUACACGCAAUAAGGAAGUUAAGAUUGUGAAAGUGCUAUGGUUUAACCAAGAGUAUGAAGAUGCAACUUAG